CUUCCAGAUGGGUAGUUACAGAGGCUUUGGAAGAUUUGCCAAUUAUUUUCGUGAAUUUGUUUUGUUGCUUGCAUUUGUUUGCAUUUUAGUCCCGAGAGCUCAGGGAUGGAGCAAAGAGGGUCACACUAUGACUUGCCGGAUUGCACAGGCACUCCUAGAGCCUGAAGCUGCAGAAGCUGUUAAAAAUUUACUACCUCAUGAUGUCAAUGGCGAUCUGUCGGCUCUGUGUGUGUGGCCUGACCAGAUCAGGCACUGGUACAGAUACCGGUGGACUAGCCCUCUUCACUUCAUUGACACACCUGAUAAUGCUUGCAACUUUGAAUACUCAAGAGAUUGCCAUGAUGAACAUGGUUCCAAGGACAUGUGUGUUGCUGGUGCAGUCCAGAAUUUCACAUCGCAGCUUUCACACUACACAGAAGGAACAUCUGACCGUCGAUAUAAUAUGACCGAGGCCUUGCUUUUCUUGUCACACUUUAUGGGUGAUCUCCAUCAGCCAAUGCAUAUUGGAUUCACGACAGAUAGAGGAGGAAACACAAUAGACUUGCGGUGGUACAGGCACAAAUCCAAUCUCCACCAUGUAUGGGAUCGAGAGAUUUUACUUCAAGCUCUGCAUGAUUAUUAUGACAAGGACAUGGAACUCCUCCUGCAAGACAUACAGGGAAACAUCACAGAUGGAGUCUGGUCUGAUGAUGUUACAUCAUGGGGACAUUGUGAUGAUAUCAGUUCUUGUAUAAACAAGUAUGCUACAGAAAGUAUAAACAUAGCUUGCAAAUGGGGUUACAAGGGCGUUGAGUCCGGUGCUACUCUAACAGAGGAUUACUUCCUCCCUCGGCUACCUAUUGUGGAGAAGAGGAUUGCCCAAGGUGGAGUCCGGUUGGCUGCUAUCCUCAAUCGUGCCUUCUCCUCUGAAUCUGAAGCACAACCUGCUGAUCAUCACAAAAACAAAAGAGCAUCACAUUCACCCACUUAGAUUUACAAACAGUCUACAACUAGACAAGGAGCUGCUGAUCAAACUAGUUCCAUUGUUCAAGCAUGAAGUUAGAGAUGGAAUGUAUAUAGCAAGCUAGAGAGAUCGUUCAAAGCUGCUUGAACACUAGCUUAUAGUUCUAAUUCCUUCCUAAUUGUUAUUUAUUCUUCCUCCUCUUGUCUAAAUCUAGAAUGGUAAUUGUAUUUUAGAGAAUUUAGAUAUCAUUUUAUUCCCAUUUCCUAAUGUAUCCCAUGAAAUGAUGAAAAUGCAUGGCGGCAGAGGGAUUGGUUUGAGCC